AAAGAGAGGAGCACAGGACAACAGAUUAGUGCAGUGGUUGAAUGAAGUAACUCAGCACCAAAACAACAGCAAAAGGAUGCAUUCCUUUAUUCUUGUCGCCUUGCUCGCGGGCUCUGCUCUGCUGGCUUCAGCUGCUGUGAUCCCACCUUUCUCCUACAGUGACUAUGCAGGGUCAAAUUCAGGCAUCCACUUCACUCUUGAUGGAGAACCAGAUCAGCGCCUCACCUCCAUCCGGAUUUGGGACAACAAUGGGGCAUAUAUAAACGGAAUACAGUUCAGCUUUGGUAAAAUCUGGGGAGAUCGGAUUGGAUAUCCCAAUGGCAGAAUCCUGGAGAUAGAUUUGGACACUGAUAACAAUGAGGCCAUUAUCCAGAUCUCAGGGAAGUACAGCCGCUAUUUAAACUGGCUGGUGUUUGUGACCAACAAGGGGCGUUUCUUUUACGCUGGGACACCCUCAGGCAUCAGCUUUAACAUGUACCCAGGAUAUCCAGGGAUGGAGCUCCGUGCCAUCAGUGGGACCCUCCAUGGAGCUUUGACUGGGAUAGCUGUUCACUGGGCUAUGCCCCCUCCCCCCUCCUCAGACAGUAACGAGCACUGAGCAUGAGUUUAAUGUAUCUUAAUGUUGUGUUAUAAUUAUGCAUGCACUGAUCAUCUGAAUAGGACUCGUAUUAUGUGAUUUUUCUUUCUGUAAUCAUGUUAGACUAUUUUCUGAUCUACAUAUGUUAUGUUGUUUCCUGAUCACGAACAUAUCUGGAGUUGUGUUUUGUUUCUUUCACACAUGUUUACCACACAAACUCUGCAUAUUUAGGCUGAGUUCUUCUCUGUUCCACCUUGUGAUGUCAUGUAAUACAGGAAGUCUCCACUGUGUUUUUAAACUCCAUACACCUUCAAUAGAAUCAUUUGGGUAAGUUCAGCCCUGGAAUUGCCCAGCUCUACUAAACAAAAAGUAAAAGGUAAAUGUUAACUUGAAAUCUACCACUACAUGACAUCACAAGAUGGAAUAAAAAAAAAAACAUUUUGAGGUUUCGAGAUGCAGACAGACUAAUAAUAAAGGAUUACUCAAACAUGUAAAUGACACAAAACACAAAUCAAGGUGUGUUUUGGAUGAGGUAACAGCAUUGUAAUUUGACUUAAAGCUUACAAGAGUUAAUUUUGCAUAACAUAGAAACUGUAUAAUAUAAAUAUAAACUCUAUAAUAUUGCACGCAUAUUUUAGGAAUCAGCUAAGGAUUUUAUUUGUUUUAUUUGACUAUUUUUGAGCCACAUUAAGAAAGGCCAGAGCAGAAAUCCAAACAGCAACUCUUUACAUGCACACUGUCUCCUUCACAAAAUGAUUUCAACAAUAAGAAAUGAUUUUUCAGUACUCACAAUCGAAAUGACAGAGAAUUAACAAAAUUACAGAUUAAAUUGAAAAGAUUACAGAAGAUGAAAUAGGCUACACCAUUGCAAUACUUAGUAAAUAUUGACCCGUAUACUCCCUGUAGCAGUUGUGAAAUAGCUCGACCACAUGUACAGUAAACAGAUAUUUCAGUUACUGUAACUUUAUAGGGGGAUUUUAUUUCUGGUGGCCCAGGUGAAGCAGACCCCCAUCACGACCAUGAGGAGGGCGAGGACAGCCACACACACGAUCACUCCCACCAGGGGGCGAGUGUAGUCUCCUUCUUCUUGUGAUACUGAAAACCACAAUCAGUAUUUACUAUGAGACAGUUUCACACUUUUAUUGCUGAAGUUGCACAAACAGACCUUUAUUCCCUGUUGGAGCGUUAUCUGAAAAAAUACAA